CUUGUCGGAUUGAAUCCUGGGUGUCUUUUGUGCUGCUGCGCGCUGCGGAAUUCGGCACCUACCGUCUGUCCGUCCAGCAGCAGCAGCAGCAGCAGCAGCAGCAGGAAGAGAAGGAGCAACCGUCGCAAGAGCAACAGUCGCGAGAGCAGCAGGAUGAGCAGCAGGAGCAAGAGCAGCGCCAAGACGAACAACAACAGCAGCAGCAGCAGCAACAGCAACGGCGAGAGCAGCAGCAGCAGCUGCAGAAUGAAGCAGAUGCAGCGGCUGAUUUGGCUGCUCUGGUCACCGAGGCGGACGGGCUGACCCGCAGCUGGCGCUUUGUUGCUGCAGCACUUGUUCGCGUGGCCGAGGCCAUCGGGUGUCUGUAUACAGUGCAGCAGCGCCUGCGGACGCGCAUUGCGCAGAUUUUGCUGCAGUCCCUCAACGUCACUGUCGUUUUGCUGCAGCAGCAGCAGCAGCAGCAGCAGCAAAGGAAAAGUUUGGUCUCCAGCCCCGAUGGGAGCAGCAGCAAGAACCCAAGCGCUACGGCUGCUGCUGCUGCAGCAGCAGCAGCUGCUGCUGCUGCUUGGCAGCAACCCGUCUUCUUUGAAGACUACAGCGGCAUACUGGAGGCGACGCACGAGGCGAAAGUGCUUCAGGUGGAUUUGCUGCUGGCGAAGGAGACGUGGGAGCGGCAGCAGCUGCAGCAGCAGCUCGUUGAACCCCUCACUGAAGUGCUGCAGUUUGCUGCUCCUGCUGCUGCAGCAGUACCGGACACAGCAGCGCCAGAAGCAGCAGCAGCAGCAGCAACAGCAGCUGCAGCAACAGUCACAACGGAGGCAGCUGCAGCGGCGGGCUCGGUACCCACUACAACAACUUCGCUCUCACCAGCAGCAGCAACAACAGCAGCUGCAACAGCAGCAGCAGCACCAAAGUAUCCAGCAGCAGCAGCAACAGGAGCGACAUACUCAGAAGCAGCAGCAUAUUCAGCAGCAGCAGCAGCAGCGGGCCCGGCAGCCAG